GGCGCCAGGUGCGGAAACCUUCCUGCGCCCCGAGGCGACUGGGGAGAGAGGGGCCGAGCAGACCGGGUGAGUCCGCUGCCGGUGCCGAAGGAGGACCGGCUCGCUUAAGGUACAAGGAAAUGCUAGAUCUGGUGAUCUCACCCAGCCUGACUGUAAACAGCCAUCACUCUGAUACACUGACGCCCAACCUUUCCGACAUUGGUGCCCUGUCUCCCCAUGACAUAGGAGGCAACUUCAAACAAGCUCUAGAGAUUGUUCCUCCACUCUUCUCACGACAUUAUCCUCAUCUAGUAUCUGUCCAGUCUCUCCCCGCCAUGGCAACCUAUGGACAGACGCAAUACAGUACAGGGAUCCAGCAGUCCACGGCUUAUUCACCGUACCCUCCUCCAGCGCAAGCCUAUGGAAUACCUUCCUACAGUAUCAAAACAGAAGACAGCUUGAACCAUUCCCCUGGCCAGAGCGGAUUCCUCAGCUACGGCUCAAGUUUUGGCACUUCAGCCACAGGACAGACCCCCUACACCUACCAGAUGCACGGUGCCUCAGGGAUUUAUCAAGGGGCAAAUGGCUUGACCAACUCAGCAGGAUUUGGAACCAUGCAUCAGGAAUAUCCAUCCUACCCAGGCUUUGCUCAGAGCCAAUACUCACAGUAUUAUAGCUCUUCCUACAACUCUCCAUACGUGUCUGCCAACAGCAUCAGCCCUUCACCCCUUUCCACAUCUACAUAUGCACUUCAAGAGUCUUCACACAAUGUUACCAGUCAGAGCUCAGAGUCACUUGCUGUACUGGAAUACAGCACACAUAAUGGACCUCCAACACCAGCAAAGGAUGGAGAGACAGACAGGCAACAUCGGGGCUCUGAUGGGAAGCUUCGUGGCCGAUCAAAACGAAGCAAUGACCCCUCCCCUACAGUGGACAAUGAGAUUGAGCGUGUGUUCGUGUGGGACUUAGAUGAGACGAUAAUUAUUUUUCACUCCUUACUCACGGGAACUUUUGCGUCUCGAUAUGGAAAGGACACCACUACGUCUGUGAGGAUCGGCCUAAUGAUGGAAGAGAUGAUCUUCAACCUUGCAGAUACACAUCUGUUUUUUAAUGACCUGGAGGACUGUGACCAGAUCCAUGUUGAUGAUGUCUCGUCGGAUGACAAUGGCCAGGAUUUGAGUACAUACAACUUCUCAGCAGACGGUUUUCAUAGUUCAGCAGCAGGGGCCAACCUGUGUCUGGGCUCCGGAGUUCAUGGAGGAGUCGACUGGAUGAGGAAGUUGGCAUUCCGCUACCGACGAGUGAAGGAGAUGUACAACACAUACAAGAAUAACGUUGGGGGUUUGAUAGGGGCUCCCAAGAGAGAAACUUGGCUGCAGCUAAGAGCAGAACUUGAGGCUUUGACAGACCUCUGGCUGACACAUGCCCUCAAGGCGCUGAAUUUAAUACAUUCCCGGCCUAAUUGCGUCAAUGUGCUGGUUACCACCACUCAACUCAUCCCCGCCCUAGCUAAAGUCCUGCUCUAUGGAUUGGGCACAGUCUUCCCUAUCGAGAAUAUCUACAGUGCAACCAAGACAGGAAAGGAGAGCUGCUUUGAAAGGAUAAUGCAGAGGUUUGGAAGGAAAGCAGUCUACAUUGUAAUAGGAGAUGGUGUGGAAGAGGAGCAAGGAGCAAAGAAGCACAACAUGCCCUUCUGGAGAAUCUCCUGCCAUGCAGACCUGGAGGCCUUGAGGCAUGCCCUGGAGCUGGAGUAUUUAUAGCAGAGCCACUGGGAGGUCCUACCCUGGAGUGGCCCAGAGCUUGGCUGGACAAUUCCCCCCCAUGACCCUGCACAACCCGGUCCUUUUCCUUCCUGCCUCCCGGCUUCAGACUUUGAGGACCUGGAAGGAGCAGGGACUGAGCAGUCACCCUCCAGUGGGACCACUUACUUGGGAGCCAAGGUCCUCUAACAGGAAGAGAUAAAGCUGCAUUGCAAAGGUGGAGCGAAGAGCCCUCCGGGAGGCAGCUGGAGAAGGUCUGACUUUGGGGAUGGAGAUGGGGGUGAAGGGCAAGGAUGUGGCCCAGAACUGGUGGGGCCCAAUGAUUGUGACCUCCUACAGGACUCACUGAAGGGAAACAAGGAAUCGUUGCCAUGAGGAGGAGCGGGCAGGCUAUCUUUUUUUUUUUAAUUUAUGAACUAAUCUCAUUACUCUGGUAUUAUGCUCUCAUGCCUGUGAUGGCGGAUUUCUUUGUUGCUGGUUUUGUUUUUUAAACUCUCUCAUUGGGAUGGGGUUGGGGAGGGGGUGGGGGCUUACAGAUCUAACUUAAAGAGAUCUCUUCUUCAAGUUGUACUCUGAGGGACAAUCACACUUUGUAAAUUAGUAAGUGAGGGCAUUUCAGGGUCAUCGAGAAGACCUAGAGCUUAUUUUUGUUCUUGGAAAAGCCUCCUGAUGGUGUGUGAACAGUGCACGGUGCCUUACGUGGCCAUCUUGUUUGGGGGUU